GAGCUGCAAAGUGUGUGGUGACGUAAGACAGUCUAUGCGAUCGCAUGCUGGAGUUUGUACUAUUUGCCUAUGGAGGCUGGGAGAGCAGUACCGCAAACAAAAUAUUUCAAAUUCUAAAAGCAGCCGGUCGAACUGCAGUGAAGUGGAAACGGAGCUGGAAAACCCCAAGCGCGAGAAAGACUGUGGCCCGCCACUGCGUUAAGAGGAUACCGGUAUAGUUUUGUCAAACACAUCAUAUUAGGCGAUUUCUGAAGCUGAGCCUGCGAAGCACUCUUCCCUUUUCACUUUUUGGAGCGCAGUUGGCAGAUUUAAUUAAUGCUGUGGUGUAUGUUGACUAGAUAUUAUAAGUUAAAUGGUAUUUUGGAGACCUUAGCAUUGAGAAAAUAAAUAUUGGAGGAACUGGCCAGUCGCACAUCGAACAAAAAAAACAAUACAUGAGAGGACUGUUAUGAAGAGGGAUUGAAAAAGGACGACGCAAAAGGCUGUAACGCUUUGAAGUUGGCGAGACCCGACAUCAAUCUCUGACCGAAUUUCAAUAGGCCCACGGAAUUAAUUAUUGGAUACUUCGGACGGAACCUCUAAUGUUCGUUUUAUGUACAUGGAGAACAAUAGAUAUUUACAUGUAGGCUAUUAUUAAAACCAAGCUAAACGCAGUACCCUGGAAAGUCCAUUCACAGGAAUAUAUAGCGGUGUAAUACAGAAGGAAAUAGACUACUACGGAUCAACAUUAUACAAAAAAUAUUUCCGAAGAGACGUUUGAAUUUCCUCUGAAAUGGACUGACAUCGAUUAACACCAAACAUAUCUCGAUAAAAUAAUGACCGGCAAUUUAUAGGCUGUGUUAUAAAAUAAAUGAACAUUUACUUAAACACUUUAUUGGGACUUCAUAUUUGAGAAAAUGCAUAACGAUAAGUAACUGUUGGUUGUUCAUGUGGGCAAGAUUCAUUCCGAAAGUGGUGUGAUAUCCUCUCUUGUGAGAAUUGAGUGUCCCUAAUCCGGUACCGGAGGCAUCUCGUGGUAACUCGGUAACUGCGGGAAGGCAGGAGUGCAGUUUGGAGAUAUCAGCAAAUAAACGCACAGAAAAAUGUGGCUGCGAAUUCUUCCCCAGGUGUUGACCAUCUGGGCAGUGGUGAUCUCCGGGACAACGGCUGACCUGACCUGUGAUACACUGCUCCUGCUGUCCACCAAUCUCACUGCACGUACGUUGGCACUGUGGAAUCUGACCCUCACGCCCAGCAAUGUCACUGCCGGCCUGUUCUGUAACAUGUCCAUCGAUCCCAUCGGUACCUGCUGGCCCAAGAGCACUGCAGGGGAGUGGGUGUCACGGCCAUGUCCAGAGAUGUUCUAUGGUGUCAAAUACAACACCACCAACAAUGUGUACAGAGAAUGCCUUUCCAACGGGUCCUGGGCGGUGAAAGGCAACUACACCCAGUGUCAAGAGAUUCUCAAUGAGAAAAAGAGCAAGCUGCACUACCACAUAGCGGUGAUCAUAAACUACAUGGGACAUUGUAUCUCUCUGGCAGCCCUGCUGGUGGCCUUCAUCCUCUUUAUGAGGCUGAGGAGUAUCCGCUGCUUGAGGAACAUCAUCCACUGGAACCUGAUCACAGCUUUCAUCCUGAGGAACGCCACUUGGUUCGUCGUACAGCUUACCAUGAACCCUGAGGUGCACGAGAGCAAUGUGUUGUGGUGCCGGCUUGUCACGGCAGCCUAUAACUAUUUCCACGUGACAAACUUCUUCUGGAUGUUUGGGGAGGGCUGCUACCUGCAUACAGCCAUCGUGCUCACCUACUCUACGGACAAGCUACGCAAGUGGAUGUUCAUCUGCAUCGGGUGGUGUAUCCCUCUUCCAAUCAUCAUCGCAUGGGCCAUUGGCAAGCUUUACUACGACAACGAAAAGUGCUGGUUUGGGAAGAAGGCAGGAGUGUACACAGAUUACAUCUACCAGGGCCCAAUGAUCCUGGUGUUGCUGAUCAACUUUAUAUUCCUCUUCAACAUUGUGAGAAUCCUAAUGACCAAGCUGAGAGCCUCCACAACCUCAGAGACAAUACAGUACAGGAAAGCAGUGAAGGCCACUCUGGUGCUGCUGCCUCUCCUAGGCAUCACCUACAUGCUAUUUUUCGUCAACCCGGGAGGGGAGGAUGAGGUCGCCCAAAUAGUCUUCAUCUACUUCAACUCCAUCCUGGAGUCUUUUCAGGGCUUUUUCGUGUCAGUGUUUUAUUGCUUCCUGAACAGCGAGGUGCGUUCUGCAGUUAGGAAGAGAUGGCACCGCUGGCAGGACAAGCAUUCAAUCAGGGCUAGGGUGGCGCGCGCCAUGUCCAUCCCCACGUCGCCCACGCGGGUCAGCUUCCACAGCAUCAAGCAGUCCUCGGCUGUUUGAGGACCAGCAACACUCUGCUUUGGCUGAACGCCCCCGUCUAACCUCUUACCGCCAACCACCCCUCCAACAUGUCCCCCACAGAGCACCGCUUUCCCCUCUUCUCUCCAAACCAACCGAGGGAAACAGCUACCGUGAUGGUUCACACAGGGUACACUUGGUCUGUAAACACAGACCUCACAUAGCCCCUCCCAGGGUGCGGUGACCUCUGUAGUCUCUCGCCUGCUAAUACAUUGAGGUACGUUCGCUCAGUGCAUUCCCUCUGGAAGCUACAGACGGUCAGGAUGACAAUGGCCAAGCUAAGUAAUGUCAAGAGCUGACUUUUUGCCAAAAGGCAGCACAGGGAAUUGGUACAAUCCCUGUGGCGUUAGCAGAUUCAGCUGAGAGGUGACUUUUGAUGUCAGUUUUUUUUUUAAAUCAUGUUUGUCAGUAAGUCCAGUGUUCUCUUUUUUUUUCUUCAAAAUCCAGAAGUUGGAGUCCAUAUGGAUGGAGUUGAAGUCCAUAAGAAUACUCAGAAAGUGGGAAGAAAAUGGUACUGGGGCACGUGUCAAAUACAUUAUCCCUGUUGGACUAACUGACCUGUUCAAGAUCAUUGACACAAACAAUUUGAUUCUUGUUCCUUUGCAUGUUUUUAUUUCCUGUGGAGCAAUUUUUGAACUUUGAGCUGGCUAUGCUUUCUGGCGCUGCAUCAUAAAGCGAAUGACCGCCAUGGACCAUUCAUUUCAUGUCUGUCCAGACUACUGUCUCUAGUAAACAUUCUCCCAUUCCUUCCUUCUGUUUUUCGGAUGAAUUAUUAUCUUCAUAGAGACCAUGUUCUGAUGUGAAAUCGUAGGCCACCAUUGAAGAUGGAUCCCUUCCCCAUUAUCCUUACAACAACAACCAAGACAUUGUGCAAGCGGGAAAAAAGUGAUGUGACAUCCAAGACUGUUACUAAUGGGAAUGAACUGAAAAAUGGUACACACUGUCAAAUCUACCUAGAGGACAAAACAGUUGUGUUUUUAUGUUGCCCAGUUCUUUCAGGAAGUAAGUAUUUAGCAUAACUCUCCUCAAACUGUGAGGACUUCUUCUCCUCCCUUUCAUUUUAGCCUUUUCUUGGGACUCAAACGCAAAGUUGGCUUAGAUAUAGUCAGACCUGGGGGGGUGGGGGGGUGGGGGGUGGUGAAGGAUGAGCAGCAGUUUAACAUCAAUAAGGCAUUUCACGCCUGAUAAGGUUUUCUUGAGGCUCAAGCAAAUAAACACACACAUAUGGAGAGGACUUAUCAUAGGCUACAGUAUGAAACAUAACUGAAUAUAUUUUCUCUGUUGCCUAAGGUUGUAAAAGGUGUUAAUUUUCAACCGAAUAAGCACUCCUUUAGAAAAAGCACUUUUAUUUAUUUCAAAUUCCAAAAUGACCAGGACUUUAAUAAUAAGAUAACGUCCACUUUAGUAUAUCGUUCAUGAAAGCUGGAUUGGGAGAAAUGCCAAUUAUUAAUAUCAUUUUUUGGGACUAGCUAUGUUAAGGUCUGAGAGGAAUGUGGAUGUUUUUGGAUGCUUCAUCUCUGCAACUCGCAAAACCUAUCUAUACUAAAUCUUCAGACUAAAUCAUUUUGUUCUUCAAACUCUUUCUUGCCAUCAAACAGGUAAUGAGUUACAUUGCUAUUGUGUCAUAGAAGGUACCCAAUGGGCACGCACACACACUGGUUGAAUCAACAUUGUUUCCACAUCAUUUCAACAAAAUUACAUUGAACCAACAUGGAAUAGACAUUGAAUUGACGCCUGUACCCAGUGGGUACUGACAAUACUUUGCUUAAAUUCUGCAAAUCCUUCCAAAUUGAACCACCCAUUAUGAAGGACCAUAACACAUCUGAUCAUCAUUCCAAUUCCAGAACAUAAAACCAUUUAUCAGAUAUUGUCAUGCACAUAGCACAACUUUUUAUUUUUGAAUGACACAUGAAUAAGUCAAAGUAACUUGGAAAAGAUUAACACUGUCUGGCAGAUGAGUGAGUGAAUGCUGACUUCUUGUGGUUUGUUCUGGCAAAGGGGAAUAUAGUUAUGCAUCUUCAGAUAGACGUUGUCUAGACAGGACCAGUCUUAAAUGUUUUGCAGUAGGAUCCCCCCCUCUCCCUCUCUCUUGCUGAAAAAUAUUGUAAUUAUGAGUACAAAAGCUAAAAUAAUUCACAACCAUCAGCUCCCCAAAAGUUCCCUUAUUUUUGUUGUUCUGUACAUUUGCUAAUGUGGGAGCCCUCCCAAACAGCUUGUGAGCUUGAAGCUUGAAUCUCUGGGCUCAGAGAACCAGUUGGCUUCCACACACUACCCCACACAGCACAGGAUGAAACCAAUUAAGACCAAAGUUUUACUUGGUGUUGUUAAGAUAGCUCACCCCAGUAAGUAGAGCUGUGAGAGGACUGUGAGAGUUAUAAUGGCCUCACCCACAAGGACUUCUCAUCUGCCUCUCUCACUCUCGUGCACGUGGUCUGCUAAUUAGCGUGGUCUGCUAAUUAGCUCUAUCUGCAGGGAAGUCACAGCUAGUUUGACUGAAAGCUGAGAGCAAGGGACAAUUCAGGAAAGAGAGAAUAGUACCAAAGCCUGUAUCCUGACACAGUUCCCUGCUGUGCAACAUCUCUAUGAAUGAGCGAGUGAAUGGAAGAACUGAGAAUUAAAUGAAAAGGGCUUUUGUGGUAUAGAUAGAGGCAGGGAUAGGAACUGGGACUUGCUGGGAUUUGACUUAAAAUGUUCCCCCGGGCAUAGCCGCAUGAAGUAGGGGUAUUGAGGUUGCUGCAGCACCCCUGAUAAAUCUACAUUUAAAAAAGUAUAACGGUGAAUGACCCUCACUCCAAAACAUCUUCCUGCGUCCACGCCCCCAGGCCAUAUUUCACAACCAGGGACCAGAAAAAGGGAUUGUUUUGAUGUUUUUCUUUAGGCUUUGAAAGGCAUAAAGUACUGUAUUUGUUCAUACAGACUUUUGUGUUUAUUUGGAACACAAUUAUAUACAGUAUUUAAAAAAAACUGGUUGAAUCGUCAUUUCAACCCAAAAAUUCAAAGUGAUGUUUAAUCAGCAUGGGAAACUGAUUGGAUUUUUAAAUUGAUGGGAUUUUGGCCUUUUUCUCACCCAAUCAAAUGACAGGGUGGCAUUUUUGGUGGAUUUCACGUUGAAUUCACGUUAGUUGACAACUCAACCAAAUUAAUAUUAAAACUAGACAUUGAAGUGACUUCUGUGACCAGUGGGUAUUCAGUUGAAAUGCAUCCUGAAGCGCUAACUGACAUUUAAACACCAAAAGAAAACAAACUGCUCUGUUUAUUUUUCAAAGUCAAACAAAGCCAAUCCUCUGCCAGAUAUGUCUAUAGACAACAACAAUUGUUUGAUCUGUAUCUUUUUUCCCUCCUGGUCCCUUUUGAUCAUUGGCAUAAAGCAGUCAGAAUAAAAUAUGUGAUUUCAUUGGCAAUGUUUACAGAUCGCUUUAAGUAAUAGUUAUAGAACGUAUUGUCAGGCAGAUGUAUCCUAAUCGCUGACAGAAACGAUCACAAGAAUCACAGAUGUGGCUUCAUCUAUGUCUGCUGAAGGCAGGCUGAUUUAUUUUUCAUGGGGAAAAUGUGAUAAAACUACUGUCCAACCCCAUCUAACAGAGCACAGUUUAUUCCACAAUCCCAUUGUUUAUGUACCUGUCAUGCUGUUUAACAAAUUGAAGAAAGAGAGCGAGAGAGAGAGAGAGAGAGAGAGCGAGAGAGAAUGUCUGGCGGUUGAUAUGUCAAAACGAACUCUUCGCUCACCCAGCCAGGGAUGCUACUGCCCUCCAACACACACCAUGUAUUCCUCAACAGCCAGGAUGCAUGACGAUAUUACAUUCAUGAGAUUAGAGUUUAGCCUGGAAUGGAAUUGCCAAUGUAUGAUAGUGUUAUGCAUUCCAAUUCCAGGUACCUGCCUCUGUCAUGAAAAUAUGUUCUCUCUUAACCAAAAUGAUUUACCCUGGAGUUCCAAAGUUGGUUCUCUGUUAUAAUGUUACAAGAACCCUGUUCUAUAUCACUGCUACCAGAUUUCCGAGACUUGUAUUCCAAACACUGAAUGUAAUUCUAUUUUGAACACAUAUUCCAGUUCAUCAUAACCAAUAACCAGAUCCUAUUGAAAACUUUUUCAAUGAAAUGCAGUAUUUCAGUAUUUUGUAGCAAAUGGACAAUGCAGCUAUUUUCCUUCCUUUUCCAGGAAACAGGAAUAUUUUAGUUAAUAAAAUAUUUUCAUGUAUACAGGUGCAUGGUCAGACUCCCGAUUUUGAAAUUCUCAUUUUGCUAACUGACGUCAAUCCAGGGAAAGUCGUUUCUUGAGGCAGCCGUUAUUAUUACUAGUAUUAUUAUCAUUCUAUUUACAGUCAAUGUCUCUCAAAGUGUGUCGUAGUCCUCAUACUUCUUUAAUAUAAUGCCGACAUUGAAAAUGGCUCCAGUAUACAGUACACAGACAGCUUCAGAGUGAAUUCCAGUUAUUUGCACAUAUGCUAUUAGUGUAAUCAGCUGUCAUUCCACUGACUGUCAGCAACAUCAGUGUCAUCAAAUGUUCUCUCGUUUUUCUUUGUCAUUACCAAAAUAGUUGUGGUCACGGACAUCCUCCAAAGGCACAAGCGCAUCUAUCUAGUCUAUAGGCUGUUCUUAUUUCUUGCCCUCUCUCUUUAUUUCAAUAGGAAAGUCUGCUGCUGCCCUCUCUCUUUAUUUCAAUAAGAAUGUCUGCUGCUGCCCUCUCUCUUUAUUUCAAUAAGAAAGUCUGCUGCUGCCCUCUCUCUUUAUUUCAAUAGGAAAGUCUGCUGCUGCCCUCUCUCUUUAUUUCAAUAAGAAAGUCUGCUGCUGCCCUCUCUCUUUAUUUCAAUAGGAAAGUCUGCUGCUGCCCUCUCUCUUUAUUUCAAUAAGAAAGUCUGCUGCUGCCCUCUCUCUUUAUUUCAAUAGGAAAGUCUGCUGCUGCCCUCUCUCUUUAUAUCAAUAAGAAAGUCUGCUGCUGCCCUCUCUCUUUAUUUCAAUAAGAAAGUCUGCUGCCGCCCUUUCUCUUUUUUGAUUGUUUAUUGGGUUUGAUUUGUUUCCUUAAAUUGUGCAGAGGGGUCUUGACCGAUUUCUCUCGAUGCAGUUAUAGUUACGAUAACAGCGAUGUAUGUAAGUGUUCUUUCUCGGGUAUUUACAAUGUGUUCGUCUUUUGUUGUGAAGGUGUAAGAACCAAAAAUGUUUGUAUUUAUUUAACUGUCUAAGGCACACAGAUUCUUUUAUAUUUAUCACAUUAUUUAAAGGGUAUAGCUUUUAUUGAAGGACACAGGCCCACAUGACCUAUACUAUAGAUUGAUAAAUAAAUCUAAUUAUGUCCACAAUGUGUCUACUUAAGGUUUUGUGAUGAAAGGUGUGACACGUAGUUUGAUGUCAUUUUUUCACUUUUGUUGUUAUGUUUGAUAAUGUUGCAAUUCUUCUUCUUUCCUCUUUCAAAGUCCAACAUGGAAAAUGUGUAUUUAUUAUGUUUAUGACUCUACUUGUUCAAUGUUGGAAAGCGUUAAGAAAUCAUACAUAGUUUGUUAAAAAAAAAUUAAAAAAGCAAUCUAAUGAGAAAAAGUAUAUGUGGAGAGAGUUCAAGAUAUAUGGAACAGUGCUACUACAUAAAUUGUGCAUUAAAAUUUGUUUUUUUAACAAACCCCAAAAAUCUGUCACUGUUGACAUUGAGACUGGUGUUUGCGGGUACUAUUUAAUGAAGCUGCCAGUUGAGAACCGGUGAGGUGUUUCUCAAACUUUUAAUUGUACUUUCAAUCCUUAAUAAUACUUUAGAAAUUGUAUUUACUUGUCAUACUUAAACCCAAGUACUUUUACUCAAGUAGUAUUUUACUGGGUGACAUCCCAUUUCAAAGUGGAAGACAAAUAUGAAAAAUACAACACUAAUAUCUUGAUUACGUAAGUAUUCCACUCCCUGAGUCAAUACAUGUUAGAAUCACCUUUGGCUGUUGAUUAUUGCUUAGACAGCCAAUUUCAAGUAUUUCCGUAGAGUUGCAUGCCGAUUUAAAUCAAAAUUUUAACUAGCCCACUCAGGAACAUUUAUUGUCGUCGAGGUAAGCAACUUCAGUGUAUAUUUGGCCUUGUGUUUUAGGUCAUUGUCCUGCUGAAAGGUGAAUUCUUCUGUUGCAAAACAGACUGAUAAAGGUUUUCAUUUUUACAGUAGCUCUAUUCUGAUUACUUUUAUCCCAAAAAAAUCUCCUUUAGUCCAAGCCAAUUACAAGCACACAUGGUGAACUACCUGAGCGGUUUCCUUCCUCUCUGCAAAUCAGUUAGGAAGGACGUCUGUAUCUUUGUAGUGACUCUGUGCUUUAUGUCAAAGUGUAAUUAAUUACUUCACCAUGCUCAAUGUCUACUUUUUUUAUGUUUAUCCAACUACCAAAAGGUGCCCUUCUUUGUGAGGCAUUGAAAAACCUCCCUGAAACUGGGUUUGAAAUGCACUUCUCAGCUGAGGGACCUAACAUGUGUGGGGUACUGAGAUGAGGUAGUCAUUCAAAAGUCAUGAACACUGUUAUUGUACACAGAAUCCAUGCAUCCUAUUAUAUGACUUGUUACAAACAUUUUUACUCCUGAAUUUAUUUAGACUUGCAAAGGGGUUGAAUACUUAUUGACUAAAGACAUUUCAGCUUUUCAUUUUAAAUGAAUUUGUAAAAGCAUAUUUCCACUUAACAUUAUGGGGUAUUAUGUGUAGGCCAGUGACACAAAGUCUCAGUUUAAACAAUUAUAUAUUCAGGCUUAUACACAACACAAUGUGGAAAAAGUCAAGGGGUGUAAAUACUUUCUGAAGGCAAUGUAUCAGAAAGACCGGAAAUACAUACACUUUGGUUGGAGUCAAUAAAUCUCAUUCUUCAACCACUCCAAAAAUGUCAUGUUAACAAAAAACAAAAAGUUUUGGCAAGUCGGUUAGGACAUCCACUUUGUGCAUGACACAAGUAAUUUUUCCAACAAUUGUUUACAGACAAGAUUAUUUUUCUUAUAAAUUCACAAUUAGUGGGUCAGAAGUCUACAUACACUAAAUUGACUGUGCCUUUAAACAGCUUGGAAAAUUCCUGAAAAUUAUGCCAUGUCUUUAACGUCAAAUGGAGGUGUACCUGUGGAUGUAUUUCAAGGCCUACCUUCAAACUCAGGGCCUCUUUGCUUGACAUCAUGGGAAAAUCAAAAUCAAAAUAAAUCAGCCAAGACAAUUGUAGACCUCCAUAAGUGUGGUUCAUCCUUGGGAGCAAUUUCCAAACGUCUGAAGGUACCACAUUCAUCUGUACAAACAAUAGUAUGCAAGUAUGAACACCAUGGCACCAAGCAGCCAUCAUACCGCUCAGGAAGGAGAUGCGUUCUGUCUCCGAGAGAACGUACUUUGGUGCGAAAAGUGCAAAUCAAUCCUAGAAUAACAGCAAAGGACCUUGGGAAGAUGCUGGAGGAAACAGGUACAAAAUUAUUUAAAUCCACAGUAAAAUGAGUCCUGUAUCGACAUAACCUGAAAGGCCACUCAGCAAGGAAGAAGCCACUGCUCCAAAAACGCCAUAGAAAAGCCAGACUACGGUUUGCAACUGCACAUGGGGACAAAGAUCUUACUUUUUGGAUUAAUGUCCUCUGGUCUGAUGUAACAAAAAUAUAACUGUUUGGCCACAAUGACCAUCGUUAUGUUUGGGGGGAAAAGGGGGAGGCCUGUAAGCCUAAGAACACCAUCCCAACCGUGAAGCAAGGGGGUGGCAGCAUCAUGUUGUUGGGGUGAUUUGCUAUAGGAGGGACUGGUGCACUUCACAAAAUAGAUGGCAUCAAGGGGUAGGAAGAUUAUGUGGAUAUAUUGAAGCAGCAUCUCAAGACAUCAGCCAGGAAGUUGUAGCUUGGUCACAAAUGGGUUUACCGAAUGGACCCCAUGCAAACUUCCAAAGUUGUGGCAAAAUAGGUUAAUGACAACAAAGUCAAGGUAUUGGAGUGGCCUUCACAAAGCCCUGAUCUCAAUCCUGUAGAAAAUGUGAGCAGAACUGAAAAAGCAUGUGUGAGCAAGGAGGCCAACAAACCUGACUCAGUUACACCAGCUCUGUCAGGAGGAAUGGGCCCAAAAUUCACCCAAUUUGUUGUGGGAAGCUUGUGGAAGGCUACCCAAAAUGUUUGACCCAAGUUAAAUAACUCAAAGGCAAUGCUACCAAAUACUAAUUGAGUGUAUGUAAACUUCUGACCCACAGGGAAUGUGAUGAAAGAAAUAAAAGCUGAAAUAAAUCACUUUCUACUAUUAUUCUGAAAUUUCACAUCCACACAAUAAAGUGGUGAUCCUAACUGACCUUAGUCAGGGAUUUUUUACUAGGAUUAAAUGUCGGGAAUUGUGAAAAACUGUGUUUACAUGUAUUUGGCUAAGGUGUAUGUACACUUCCGAGUUCAACUGUAUGCUGUAUAAAUACUGUCAACAGAA